AGUAACAUUACAUUUGCAAUUUUUCAUUCUAURGUUACUGAAAUACUGACUGCUAACAAAAUACAAUUUUGAUUUUGGAGUUAUUCUCAAUCAUUAUUUUCUAACACAGUGGACAUACAAUUGUGUAAUCUGUUUUCUGUGUUGCUUUUAUCAGUCGUAACUGUAACAUCACAGGUAAUAACUUUCUCGUAUAUUUUAUAAUAUCUUUACGGAAAAGACAGUAAUGGCUGAUCCUCGUAUUAAGACACUAAAGAUCAAAACUGGAGUAGUGAAAAGAUUAACAAAAGAAAAACUUAUGUAUAUACAAGAAACAGAACAACAACUAGAAAAGGUUGAGAAAUUGAAAAAGGCUGGAAUUGACGAGAAUACUUUUAAAAAGCAAGAAGAAGUACUUAGGGAGUCACAGAUGAUGAUACCAGACACUCAAAGAAGAUUAAAAGCUGCAUUUGAAGAUUUGAAAAGUGUUAUAGCUGAUUGUGAAGAACUAAAAGAAGAAGAAGAUUAUUUAAAUGCUCAAAAGUUUUUAGCUGAGGCUGAAAAAGAAAUUAAUUAAUUAAUUAAUUUCUAUAAUUUACUUUUUUUUUUUCAUUUAAAACACUAACAUUUUUUCCC